AUGGUUUUAGCAAAUGCACGUAUGAUAAUGAAUAUUCGUCAAUCAAGAAGACGUGUGACAAAUGGUACAACAGUACCCUCAUCAGAUAUAAAUAUUCCAGUGCCUAAUAUCUCAAGUUCUACAGGAACACAUACUCGUCGAAUGUCGGCACUUGAUCGAAUGUUAUUCUAUAUGAUGUUAGCUAAUGCAAUUACAUUUAUUACAACACAAGUUCCAUUUCAUCUUUUUCUCUGUGUAAGAGGUAGUGUGAAAGGAUUAAAUUCAAAUACUUCAACAUUUAUACGUGCAGUACUUUUGAUUUGGUCAAGCGUCUAUUUUGGUAUUGCAUUUUAUUUUUAUUGUUUAGCAUCACCAUUAUUUCGCCAAAACUAUGGACUUGGUUUUGUUGGUAAUGUUUUAUCAUUAAUAGUAUUUUGCACUCAAGAUGAAUUUCGAAAAAUCUCAACUGGUCUUUUAUUUAUGUUAAUAACAAUAUCAAACUUUAUUCAUUUAUGGACAUUAGCUUCAGAUUAUCUAACUGUGUACAAUUAUGCUCUGUACCCAAAUAAUUUUAUGCAGUGUCGAUUCACAUAUUAUAUACAGAAUAUUAGUCGUGCAUUGAGUACGUAUUGGAUGGUUACGGUUGCACUUGAUCGUUUAAUUCGUACUGAAUAUCCAAUGCGGUCAAAAAAGAUAUGUACUAAACAUAAUGUAAUUAUAAUAAGUAUAAUUUAUUUUAUUAUUUUUGCUGCAUUUUGGUCAUUUUAUCUCAUUCCAGUAACCAAUCUAAUUUUCAUAUCAGGUUCCUGUUCUUAUGGUCAAUCAGCAUCGCUUGCUUAUUUUGUUAAUAAUCUACAUUAUCCUCUACGAGCUGCACUUGUUUGUUUUAUUCCAGUAAUACUUAUGGUUUUAGCAAAUGCACGUAUGAUAAUGAAUAUUCGUCAAUCAAGAAGACGUGUGACAAACGGUACAACAGUACCUUCAUCAGAUAUGAAUGUUCCAGUGCCUAAUAUCUCAAGUUCUACAGGAACACAUACUCGUCGAAUGUCGGCACUUGAUCGAAUGUUAUUUUAUAUGAUGUUAGCCAAUGCAAUUACAUUUAUUACAACACAAGUUCCAUUUCAUCUUUUUAUGUGUAUACGAAAUAAUCUGACAGGAUUAGAUUCGAAUACUUUAUCAUUUAUACGUGCAGUACUUUUAAUUUGGUCAAGUCUUUAUUUUGGUAUUGCAUUUUACUUUUAUUGUUUAGCAGCACCAUUGUUUCGGCAAAAAUUUACUAAGAUGUUGAAGAAAGCUAUUUUUCUUCAAGGAAUAACUCAAUCAACAACACAUCGAAGAAAAGUCAAUUGA